GAAUGAGUCCAGUCCAGUCCAGUCAUUAGGUUUCAUACUGAAUACGUCUUUGUCAGUCAGUGAUCAUUCUUUCUCCUGGCCAGAUGGACGUGGAAAUGAUUGCGUUUAUUAUACUUAGAAGAUUGCAGAGGAGGAGGGAAAGAAGGCGAAAGAAAAUGUUUUGGAUUCAUCCUAUUAACAUGAAGAGAGAUGCAUUUGGUACUUUCAAACAUCUGUUUCCAGAUUUAUUAAAUGAUCCAAGGAAAUUUUAUAACUACUUUCGAAUGAGUAGUGAAAGAUUCUAUGAGCUAGAAAAUAUGUUGCAUGACUACAUAGUGAAACAAAAUACAAACUACAGAGCUUCUAUAUCACCACAGGAACGAUUAGCUGUUUAUCUCAGGUAUUUGGCCACAGGAGAAACAUUUACGUCACUAAGCUACGCUUUUCGUAUUGGAAUAAGCACCAUCCAUUAUAUAAUCACAGAAAUGAAUUCAGCAGUAUGGAGAAUUCUACAGCCGUUAUGUAUGCCUGUUCCUACAACACAAAGAUGGAACGAAAGUGCAGAAUCGUUUAAUGAAGUGUGCAAAAUGCCUAACUGUAUUGGCAGUGUAGACGGUAAACAUUGUGCAAUAAAAUGCCCACCCCAUGCAGGUUCACAAUAUUAUAAUUACAAACAUUUCCAUUCUAUUAUUUUGAUGGCAGUUGCUGAUGCUCAUAGUAAUUUUAUCAUGAUAGAUGUUGGCGCGUAUGGUCGGGACAAUGACAGUACAAUUUUCAAUGAAUCGGGAAUGGGCAAAGCUUUCCUAGAUGGAAGAUUGAAUAUUCCAAAUCCUAAGGAAAUUCCUGGUACUGACGUAGUGAUGCCAUUUUAUUUAGUAGGCGAUGAGGCUUUCCCGCUGAGAACUAACAUCAUGAGACCAUACGCUCGACGAGAUCUUCAUUAUUCCAAACGCGUAUUUAAUUAUAGAUUAUCAGCAGCACGUCGCACAGUGGAAUGUGCUUUUGGAAUACUUGUACGAAAAUUUGGAAUUUUCCAAACGAGUAUUGCCACUAACGUUGAAUUGGCAGAAGGUUCAAUAAGAAGUGCAUGUGUACUACAUAAUUAUAUACGUCAAAGAGGAAAUGACAAUGACUCUAUCUUAGAAAAUAACUUUCUGGAAGAAAAUGUUAAUAUUCCUCAGUUAAGAUCUCUAGCGCCUACAUCACAUCACAGAGGAAGUAUUGAAGCAGUAAAAAUUAGAGACAAAUUGAAGGAUUAUUUUCUCUCUCCUGUCGGUUCUGUGCCUUGGCAAGAUGGCAAAUGUGCGUAAUUAUGUGCAGUCUGUCACUUUUAAUAUUUACGUAGGUUGUAAUAAUAUUAUUAUUUUAACUACCUGACAAAUUAUACUACUACAACCAACAAUUGGUUCACAAGUUCAUAAAUUUUUGUACAUGAAAUAAUAUAAAUAAAAAGUUCGUACCAGUUGUU